AUGAAGUUCGCCGCCUAUAUCUCUGUGCUGUCCACUCUCCUCCUGGUUGCCUGCGCCGAGGUGACGUGGUACGAUGCAAACCGCAACGUGACAUGCGCAGGUCACGACGAUGGACACAUCCAGUGCGAAGAAGGGCACCUCAACGAGGCCGAGACGCUCAAGCUCGAGGCACAAGCGUCGCCUGCAAUCAAGGGUCGCGCCGCUUCUCCGCUGCAGAAGCGCGUGACGUGCAACAUCGACGGCGUCACCAAGGGACUCGCCUGCUUCGGGCACUGCUACGCCAUCGGGUACUGCAACUCGCAUUGCGAUGAGAAGAACAUUUGCCGCUGCGAUUGCAAGGACCUCGUCGAGUUCCCAAACCCGUUUGUAUGCAGCAAGACGACGUGCUCAUGA